UUCUUCCCUUUUCAUAUCAAGUCUCCCUUACUAUCCCGACCGAUCCCCGUCCACUCAAUCCGGUUUUUCAUACCUGUCCGGUUCGAUUUGGUUUCCAGUGCAGAGUUUGGACGAAGCUGCGUCGUUUCGAUGACGUCAGGGACGAGACUGCCGACAUGGAAGGAGAGGGAGAACAACAAGCGGAGGGAGCGGCGCCGGAGGGCAAUCGCAGCCAAGAUCUUUGCAGGCUUGAGGAUGUACGGUAACUACAAGCUCCCCAAACACUGUGAUAACAACGAGGUUCUCAAAGCUCUAUGUAAUGAAGCUGGUUGGAUCGUUGAAGAAGAUGGAACAACUUAUAGAAAGGGAUGCAGGCCCGUGGAACAUACGAAUACCAUGGUUGCUUCAGCAACAGUAAGCCCUUGCUCAUCAUACCAACCAAGCCCAGGAGCAUCUUUCCAUCCAAGCCCCACUUCAUCUUCCUUUCCGAGCCCAGUCUCAUCACAGUAUGCUACUAAUAUCAUUAAUACUGCUGAUCCUAAUUCCCUUGUCCCAUGGCUUAAAAAUUUGUCUUCUGGCUCUUCACCCCCUCCAUUCAAGCUACGGCACAUAUGCAUCCCUGGAGGUUCGAUUAGCGCUCCUGUAACCCCACCAUUGAGCUCGCCUACUGCUCGUACGCCUAGAAUGAAGGCCAACUGGGAUGAUCCGACAGUUGAUUCAGCCUGGGGAGGCCAACACUAUCCCUUCCUAUUGUCUUCUACUCCACCAAGUCCGGGUCGUCAAACUCCGCCUGAUUCUGGAUGGCUUUCUGGUGUGCAGACUCCCAAUGAUGGACCUUCUUCCCCUACAUUCAGCCUGGUCUCAGCAAAUCCAUUUGGCCUUAGGGAGCCAUUUUCGAAUGGAGGGUCGCGUAAGUGGACCCCAGGGCAAAGUGGGACAUGCUCUCCUGCUGUUCCAGCAGGUGUUGACCAAACUGCUGAUGUUCCCAUGUCAGAUGCAAUUGCGGCCGAGUUUGCAUUUGGCAGUAACACAAAGGGACUAGUGAAACCAUGGGAAGGAGAGAUAAUCCACGACGAAUGUGUUCCUGAUGAUCUUGAGCUCACUCUUGGGAACUCGAGCACCAGAUAGAUUGUUUACUCUUUUUGAUUGAUUCCAAAAGACAUGAAAAAUGAAAUUAUAAACAGGUCUCGUUUUGUUUUUGUAGGAUGUAAUUGUGCGUGGGGGGGUGGGGAGCCUAUUCUAGUUGUGUAGGAAAAGGCUUUUUUAUUUUUUUUUUGUCCAUCUGUCUAUUCGUUCUUCUUUUUUUCAUGUUUAAAACUAACAAACAAAAGAUAAUACUAUAAAUAGCUAAUGUGAUCGCAUCUGCUCAAUUGGGGAAAAAAAUGGAGCUGUCCUUCACGAACAAGAUCACGAGGGGACUUUCAAUUGGGAAGACUGCCUUUGGAUUAGCUUGUAUGUUCUGGUGAUAGUUAAUACAUGAUUUUCUUGUUAAUC